GCUGCAACAGUCGUUAGAGAAUGCUGCCCGAAUGGUUAACCGAGUUGUAUAUUCAGUCUAAACUGAGAAUUUACUAUAAGGACAAUGGGUUGAAAGUCCUUAAACUGUGGUCGAAGCCAGCCUCGGGCAAAGGUGACAACUGGGUGGGGGUUAUGACGCGUAUCCAUGUGGAUUUCCAACGAAGCAAUGAGAAUGCCGUGCAGAAAGAAACAUAUUUGCUGAAGGAAGGAUGCUCCAAGGAUGCCCCACAGUCAAAGCUCUUUAUAGAUUACGAAGUCUAUACUCGAGAGAUGGAUAUGUAUGAGUUUGUGUUGCCCAAGAUGUCAGAGAUUCUGCUUGAAGUGGGUAUCACUGAUAAAAUGCAUGCUAAUGCCAUUUGUGUGGAUCGUGAGCAUGAAAUCAUGAUUCUCGAGGAUUUGGCACCACUCAAAUAUAUCAAUGCGGAUCGUGUUAAGCAAUUGGAUCUGUCACAUGCUGAGCUUACAAUUGACAUGUUGGCCAAGUUCCAUGCUGCCGCAACAGUGCUAAAACAGCGCCAUCCUGAAUCGAUGCCUCCGAAACUUCUAGUCAAUUACUUUUCCCGUGAUCGCGAUGGCUAUAAACGGGUAUUCACUGGUCUCUUUAAGGCGCUGUUGCGCUAUGUGAAGAGUGAACCAAAAUUGGAGUCACGCUACUAUCACAAAUUGGAGCGUACCCUCACCAAUCUGAUGGAGUACGCAGCUCGCGCUCAUGAUGUCAAUGAUCAGGACUUGCAGACUCUGCUUCAUGGUGAUUGCUGGACCACCAACAUAAUGUUUCAAUAUGAUAGUCAAGGACAACCGAGAUCUGUGGUCCCAAUCGAUUUUCAAUUUAGUGUAAUCACUUCACCAGUCUUGGACUUACACUAUUUCUUUAGUACAUCCCUUCAGGAGGAUGUGAGGAUCAGACAAUUGGAAUUGGUGCAGCGACAUUAUUAUGCUUUAAGACAGAAUCUGGAGAAGCUCAACUAUAAGGGCAACAUUCCCAGUUUAUUUGAAUAUCAAUUGGAAUUUCAGAAACGGCAUUUCUUUGCUGUUUUUGUGUCUUUGGUAUUCCAACCGUUUAUGGUAUAUCAGGGUGAAGUUUUGGGAGAAUUUGUUGAUUUCUAUGAGAAUACACCACAGGCCAUAAAAUUCCAGGACUCUCUAUAUAGCACAGCAAAGGCUCACGAAAUUGUGGCAAAAAUGCUACCCAUAUUCGAUGCCAAAGGACUCUUAGAUGAUCAAUAAUUGUCGCAGAAAUCAAACAAAGAAUAGAUUGUCUUUGGCUUAAAUCGUUUGAAAAACUCUCGAAAACAUAUUCGAACACUGACUGCAAGACUUCGAAGUAGAGUAAAAGGAUAUAGUCAACUGAUCUGAAUGAAAUUCACCUUAAUAAUUUAAUAAAUUCAGUUGCCUUAACUGAAAGUUGACGAGCUGCUUUUACCGAUUAGCCAGUUAAAUGCAUCUUUUAAUGGAAUUUGUUUAAAAAAGAGAACAUUCAAGUAAUAAUUAAGGGAAAUAAGAAAAUCACACAAAAUUUUAGGCUAGACAAAAGCACGUUUCUUUCAUUCCUUGAACUGAAUUUUGAUAUAUGGCCCUGGGCAAUGACUAAAAUUAGCAAGUUCAUAAAUUAUAUUCUACAUAGAAACAGAUUUAGCCAUCGUUGUGGAAGCUAAAACACAAAAAAGAAACAAAAAAAAAAAUAUAACACGUCUAAUUAGGGCCGCUCAGCUCAGACACCCGAGUAUGAAAAUGAAGAUGAUGAGGGUAAGAUUGGGGACGAGGAUGUGGAUGAGUGUAUCUUGCAGAUACAGUUCUUCAGAUAUUUCGCAAAAUACGAGGUGACGAGGCCCUUGUGGUGGCCCAUAGGGGUAUAAUCACUUAGCUAGCUGAGAAAACAAUAAACCACAGCAAAACAACCAAAAAGAAA